AUGUUUACACAUCACGUUUUAAUAAUAUUUUUAGCAGGAAUCUUGUGUAAAAACGGGAAUGUGUGGGCAGAGGAUCUGGACCUAAAAUAUGUAAUAAACUCUGGAUUCUCAAUUAAUACCACAACAAAUAAUGGGUUAAUAUAUACAGAAAUCAGCUCUAAUACUCAGAAACAUAUAACAAGGGUCAAAAAUGGUGUGGACCCUCUCUGGGAAGAAGAAGAUGGUCAGUUUUGCAUGAGCGUUACAGUAGUUUCAAGCUCUAAACUUGAUGAUUCUUUAGUUUCUAUUGAAAUUCUAAAAAGUGAAGGCUUUGUAACGUUUUAUUACAAUAAAAUGGGGAAUUUAUACCUUAGAAUUGAUAAAGAUGUUUAUGAUAAAAAAAUCAAAGAUAUGGAAAUUGUAUCCAAUAGUAAUACUAGUAAUAAUGUUGAAAAUGGUGCUAAAAAUGAUGUAAAUGAUGUUUUAACGCAGUUUGAUUCCACUGAUAAUUCAUUUAGUAAUUCUGCUGUCACGAGUAAACACCCCGACCACACAGUUCCUAGUGAUAAUAUUAAUGAUAGUUUCGAUGAUAUUUUGGAGAAUUAUAAUCAAAUGGCUGAUAAACAUGAGACUAAAAGUAGAAAUGUAAAUGAAUUAGAAGUUCCUAGCAGAAGAAUUCUGAAUAUAUUGGCCCUUGAAAAUAAUGAUAGAAUUUCAUAUGAAUACGAGUUGAAUGAUGGAAUUCCUUCUUUAAUAGUUGAAGUUUUAAAGCCCCAAAAUAAGCGUAUUAGUGUGGUUUCAGAGAAUGAAGCUUUGAUAUGGGAGGCAUCAGGUUCUGAGCGUUUAUUAACUGUUUCGGCACACUCGUUUUAUGGAGAGUACAGACUUGUAGAGGUUAUUUACACAUCUGACGGUUCGGAUAACAUUUCCAGUUACUACAAGAAAUAUGAUAAUCAAUGGGUUCAGUGCGACUCUAAGGACUUUGAGGACAGUUACAUCGAUAUGAAAAGUAAGAUUGAGAUUAUCGGAUCUGUUGUCCUUGACGUCUCAGCCCAGCCGAAUUCGGACGAAUUUUACCUCAAACAUGAGAACUCAGAAUUACUCAAAGCUACAACGUUCUUCCCUCUCACCGGGUAUCAUUUAAAAAAAGUUAUUGAUAGUGGUAAGGAGGUUUGGAAAUCUGGCUCUAAACGCUCAACUGCUGUCACACUUAUUACUAAUACAAACCCUGAUAUAUCAGUUAAUUUGUUGAAGAUUGAGAUAACAAAUGAUGAGAAAGACUCCGUCAAAUAUUUUAUGAAGGAUAAUUCUGGUAAUUACAUUCCAAUUAAUAAGCAAACUUAUAAUCAAAUUAUCAAAAACCCUCAAUCCUACACUAAUCAACCCGAUGAUCAAUUUUUAAACACUGAUUUUACUAAUUCUAACAUACCUAACCCGAACUCAGUAAACCAUAUAAACCCUUUGAAUCAUUUGAAUACUAAGAAGUUGGGAAUGGAAUUGGAUAUACUGAAUCAUGAUUCCAAAUAUGUAUUACAAGGUUCCCGUAAAGGUAUUGAUUUUAAGACUUAUUUACCUUAUGAAGGCCGAUUUUUCCACUCAGUUAAAUUAGAUUCUUUUUUUAUUUGGAGGGCCCAAAAUGGUCAAAGUUCAUCUUUUGUAAGGGUUUUCUUUCCUUCAGCAACCCCAAGACUCGGUUUCAUCAACAUUGACAUUACCCAUACCACUACUAAUACUACUGAUAACCCUGUUAGUACCUCUGGUUCACCUAAUAACUCUGAUAUUGUUACGAGAUAUUUUGUGGAUGAUUAUGGUAUUUGGAAGUUUGUUGAAUUUGAUGUUUUUUCUAAUCACUUUGACUUCUACUUACAAAAUGCAGUACCAACUCCUGAAACCUCUGGAGGAUCACAGAUUCAAACCUCUUUAAAGGAAGCCGACCCACUCAGCUUUUUCAUUUUCGAUAUUAACAUUGAUCAAAAUCAAUGAUCAAUGGUUUUAAAUGUAGUUUUUGUUUAAC